AAUGCUGGCGCGCGCGGCGCGGGGCACUGGAGCCCUUUUGCUGAGGGGCUCCGUGCAGGCUUCUGGCCGCAUUCCGCGCCGCGCCUCCUCUGGACUGCCCCGAAACACCGUGAUACUGUUUGUGCCUCAGCAGGAGGCCUGGGUGGUGGAGCGAAUGGGCAGAUUCCACCGGAUCCUGGAACCUGGCUUGAACGUCCUCAUCCCCGUGUUAGACCGAAUCCGGUAUGUGCAGAGUCUCAAGGAAAUUGUUAUCAACGUGCCUGAGCAAUCAGCUGUAACUCUUGAUAAUGUAACUCUACAAAUAGAUGGAGUCCUUUAUCUGCGCAUUAUGGAUCCUUACAAGGCAAGUUAUGGUGUGGAAGACCCCGAGUAUGCGGUCACCCAGUUAGCUCAGACGACUAUGAGAUCAGAGCUUGGCAAACUCUCUCUGGACAAAGUUUUUCGGGAACGUGAGUCCCUGAACGCCAACAUUGUGGACGCCAUCAACCAGGCUGCUGACUGCUGGGGUAUCCGAUGCUUGCGUUAUGAGAUCAAGGAUAUCCACGUGCCACCCCGAGUCAAAGAGUCCAUGCAGAUGCAGGUAGAGGCAGAGCGGCGGAAGCGGGCCACAGUUCUAGAGUCUGAAGGGACACGAGAGUCAGCUAUCAAUGUGGCAGAGGGGAAGAAACAGGCCCAGAUUCUGGCCUCGGAAGCAGAAAAGGCUGAACAGAUAAAUCAGGCAGCAGGAGAAGCCAGUGCAGUUCUGGCCAAGGCCAAGGCUAAAGCUGAAGCCAUUCGAAUUCUGGCUGGGGCUCUGACUCAACACAAUGGAGACGCAGCAGCUUCACUGACUGUGGCUGAGCAGUACGUCAGCGCCUUCUCCAAACUGGCCAAGGAUUCCAACACCGUCCUCCUGCCCUCCAAUCCCAGCGAUGUGACAAGUAUGGUGGCUCAGGCCAUGGGUGUCUAUGGCGCUCUCACCAAAGCCCCAGUGCCCGGAGCGCAGAACUCCAGCGAGGCCAGAAGAGAUGUCCAGACUACAGACACGAGUAUUGAAGAACUGGGCAGAGUCAAGCUCAGUUAGUAGAGACGGCUCGGCCAGAGUUAGGGCCGGGAACUCUCAGAUUCUGGCUCCAGCCUCCCGGCCAAAGUUUAGUUUUUAUUUUUUUAUUUGAACUUAAUAAUCAUGUAAUAAACUCACCAGUGGCAAA